AUAUUUGCUAAACAAAUGAAGAAGAAGCAGUAGAAGAAGAAAAAUGUAACGACAGAAGCUAAUUGAGUACUGGAUGGACAGGAAUCUAACGAUACCACAGUGGCAUCCAGCUGAACACAUUUGCCCUUUGGAUGAUACAUUUGUCUGAAAGUUUUGGAUUAGGAAAUGGUUGCCAUGGAGACAAGCGAGUGCAGUGAUGAUGAACUGGGCCGGCUGGACAUCGAUCUGGACAGGAAGUCCAAACGGCAUAACCUGACGUCCAGCAACGUGCGCGCCAUCUUGCAUGAGGUAAUCACACAUGAGCAUGUGGUAGCCAUGAUGAAAGCAGCCAUCAGAGACACUCAGAACCUGCCUAUGUUUGAGCCAAAGAUGACCCGGUCCAGACUGAAGCAGGCCGUUCAGCAGGAACAGGUGAACAGAUACUCCUCACUUAUAUUCCAUCUGGAGAUCAGAACCGGCAUGUUGACUCAAUCUGUUUGUUUGCAGUCUCUGAACCAGAAGCCCUUACCUGUUAACACCGUAAAGGCUCCUCAGUUUGUUGACAUCAACCUUGAGGAGGACGAAGACUCGUCUGAUGAAGAGUAUUGUCCUGAUGAGGAUGAGGAAGAGGACACAGCUGAGGAAAUGUUCCUCAGUGAUGCUGAUAGCCUGGCCUCACCUCCUAAAGGUCACCUGACCUCUCCAUCUUGUCCUCCGCUACAGAAGACCAUAGAACUCCUGCAUAGUGGUGAAGGUCACAUGAGGGAUCAGGUGACCUUCACCUGCACUGCUCCACCUCAGUCCUCCUUUCUGGAGAGACUGAAUGCAGUAGAGGAAGAGCUUAACAUGUUUAACCAGACUCUGGACAAAAAAACUGCUGGUGACAAUGGAGGUGGCAGCGAUGAAGGUUCCAGCUGUUUGGCCUUUCGCACACGCUCCAAGCGUCCUCUGGUGGACAUUCCUCUGGAUCAGCUGGAGGCAGCUCUUCUGGCUCCUGACAUCACAGCCGACAUGUAUGAUCAGAGUCUCGCUCAUCAGGAGGAGGAUCGCCAUUGGACAAAGUGGCUUCAGGGUCUCAUGGCACCUUCCCCUGAAGACGAAGGUGAUGAUGACGAUGACCCGGAGUACAAUUUUCUGGAAGAUCUGGAUGAACCAGAUGUAGAGGACUACAGGACAGACCGGGCCGUCCAGAUCACCAAGAAGGAAGUCAACGAGCUGUUGGAGGAACUCUUUGAAACUCUGCAGGAGGAAAAUGUUCCUGCUGAGGAUGAGGAGCAAGAGGCUCCAUCAGAGACUGUGCCUAAAUUUAACGUUCCCCAGACAUUACGGUUUGAGGCUCCCUUAGCCGGACUGCUAACAGAACGAAGACAGACAGUCAGAAAACAAUAUGAAGCUCUGCAGCAGAGGAGGGCCCUGCAGGACACCACCAUCCACCUCCGAAGCCCAGCGGCCAACGCUGUUACCUCUGUGUUGGCGCUACCAGGUCAGAGCAUCCCCGGCCUGCGUCUGGACCGCACCCAGAAACUGCAGCUGCAGCAGCAGGUGCAGCAGCAUGUACAGCUGCUGACUCAGGUUCACCUGCUGAGUCGUCCCAUCGGCGCCCUGAACCAUGAGGCCAGUCUGACCAAACGUUACCUGGAGGAGCUCCAACAGUUUGCCAGUUGCCGGGAGGAGAUCCGUCUCCCUAGCAGUUUUAAAGUGUGUAACCUGCAGAGAGCACUGGAUCUCCUGCAGGAGGUGGAGCGGAAAGAGGAGUCUCCUCGUGCUCUUUGUGUUCCUGCAGCUUUCAGACGCUUGCUGCCCAUGAUGACACUGCCCACCAGCAGUCAUGCCUUCCCACUGCUGCCUGCUGACACUGCCUGGCUUUUUGCCACACGAUCCAUCUUCCUGUACCCAGAACUACUUCCUGUCUGCAGCCUCGACCCUGCACUCCACAGCAAGCGUCACAGGAGUUUUUACACAGCAGGAGAAGAUGGGCUGAUUGUGCUCGGUUUGAAGCAUUUUGAAGGGACGAUCCAGUCAGAUCAGCUGAUUAGCUCCUACCUUCUCUGUAAAAGUCGGUGGAACAUCAGGAAACAUAUUCGAGAGAUGAGUGGUUCAAGAGCACCGCGGGAGAGCGUUAUUAAGAUGUUCAUGACACAGGGAGUUGUCCCUUCACUUCCACUUGCCUGCAGCAGAGUUCACCCAGAAGACCAGCGCCCCCCUGUGGACAGAAAUACUUCUAACAUGCCUAACUGGCUCAAGAACAGUCAGCUGAUCAUCCAGAAGACUCGACUAGGUGGCUCUUACCCCCCCUCCCUGCCCCCGGGCUGUUCCCUCAGACUUCACCCCUAUUAUAUCAAUAAGUCCCAAAAGCCUCGGGCCACUCCCAAGCGCCUUUUCACCCUGGCCCACAAUGCAUCUCUGCUUCCCCUCGCCAAAGCCCCAGUGGACCAACAGGUGGAGCCAAUCAGCCACUUGUCCCACCCGUCUCUUGGAGGCACUGUAAUUCCGGAGCCCCCUGCUGUGUCAGAAGCCUUACCAGUGGCCCUGUCUCCAGUCUGUGGGAGUUUCCCAUUGGUCGCUGUGCUUCCAGGCCCAGAACAUCAGACUGCCAACCUUCCUGUUGGCCAGAAGAACGCCGUUCCUCUGCUCCUGCCUCUCGCGUCCAUGUCCAGCUCCAUGACAUCUCCCAAUGCCCCUUGUUCUUCUGCUAAGGAGGAGCAAAGUUUUGUCCUCGUGCAAAUGAUGUGGACACCACCCGCACCCUGUUCUACCACCGUGUCCCAGGAUGCACCAGGAUGUGCGCUCCACAGAACAGUCAAUGUGGAGCAGCCACGCUCCAUAUCUGGAAAGGAGGUGAAUGUUGAAGGGGAGGAGAGCUCUGCAUCAUCACUGAGUCCACUUUCAUCCUGCACAGGAGACAAAGAGGAGGAGCAGCAAAUGGAGGAACAGGAGCAGCAUUGCGUGGAGGGGACCAGCGUAAUGGCUGUCAGCUUCAACGGGGGAACUGGGGGAGGCAAGGAGGGUGGAGAGGGAGAAAAGAUGGAGGAAAAGGGAGGCCAUGAAGAAGAGGAAACAGGUGGGGAAGGUGAGGAGGAGCAGAGUGAAGAGGAUGGAGGAAGGGAGGAGGGAGGAGAGAGAGAAGAGGAUGGAGACAAGGACCAGCAGGGUGAAGAGGAUGAGGAGGAUGAAGAAGAGGAAGAAGAAGAGGAGGAGGAGGACUUUGAUGACCUCACACAAGAUGAGGAUGAGGAAGAGGCAAUGUCAUCAGCAUCGGAGGAGUCGGUGCUGUCAGUUCCAGAGUUACAGGAGACCAUGAAGCAGCUGACGUGGCUGGCAGCGGAGCGGCGGCUGUGUGUGGACGGGGACUCUGAGGACGACCAGUCUCCAACCUCGCAGGAGGAGGAGGACGAGGAGGAGGAUGGGGUGAAAGGUGAGGAUGCGGGAGAUGGGCAGAGCUUCAAGGCAGGUUUGGACGAGGAGACGCCAUCUGGAGAAGGGACUCCCAGAGGACGAAGGUGUCCAGGACGCGGACGAGGUCGCAGCCGUCCUUUUCGUGGUCUGACAAGGACGCGUCAGGAGCGUUUCAGUAAAGACGCAGCCAAACUGCUGCUGCUGUACGACGAGAACAUUCUGGAGAAUGAUCCGCUCAGAGAGAGUAAAGAUAUGGCGUUUGCUCAGAGUUACCUGAACCGGGUCCGUGAGGUGUUGCAGGAUACACCCGAGCAGGUGGAGGAGUUUGUGUAUCUGCUUAAUAGGUUUGAGCAGGUGGGAGAAGGACAAGAAGUGACUCAACUCUUCAGAAAGCUGCGCUGCAUCUUGGGAAGUCACACGGAUCUCCUCAGAGACUUUGCAGCCUUCCUGCAUCCCGAGCAGGCGCUGCAGUGUGGACUGUUUGAGGAGCAGCAGGCAUUUGAACGCAGCCGGCGUUUUCUGCGACAGUUGGAGAUCAGUUUUGGAGACAAUCCAUCACAUUACCAGAAGAUCAUCAAAGCUCUACAAACUGGACCCGACAUGAACGCUACCAGCAUCCAGGAGCUGAAAACCCAGAUGGGGACCCUCCUAAAAGGCCACACCCACUUACAAGCAGAAUUCUGGGUAUUUUUUGAUGAUCUCCGCCCAACCUCAGCGUGUCCCGGGCAGUUUGAAGAAGCCCACUGGCUGGAGGAAGGAGAAGGUGGUGAGGGCAAUGGCCUUGUGUCAGGAAACGGAGCCAGUGGCAGCUUUGAGGAGGUGACGCUGCCAGAGCUCGAAGAAGAGGAAGAGGGGCACAAGGUCCAACCAAUGAGAAGCCGGCGUCAGAGGAGGAAGAUGGAUUCUCACAGAGGCUACAAGGGCUCGGCAGGCGAGGCCAGGGCCAUGAAAAGCCUCAACCCUCUGUAUUCUCAGAUCAGCGCUGCACACAACCAGCCUGGUGACAAAAAUCUGGACGUGAAGCCUGGCAGCAAAAGUCCGCAGCCAAAUCAAUGCAAUGCAUCAUGGGAAGGCUCAUUUCCUCUCGCUGAUGACAAGGAGGAGGACGACGAGGAAGAGGAGGAACUCAAUGAUGCAGGUGGAACUGAAGAAGAGGACGAUGAGAGUCCUGCAGUCAAGAAGAGGAGAGAGGAGCUGCCACAACCAACACCUGUUGCAUCCUCCCCCUUCAUCACACCUGUCUCCUCUUCCUCAACUUCGCUGCCUUUUAACAUCAUGCCCCCUUCGUCCUCUUCUGCUCUUGUGUCCAGCCCACAUUCCGACAUCCCUGUUUGUGCUAAAAACAUUUCACUGACAGCGAGUGGAGAGAAGGUGAUCCUCUGGACCAGAGAAGCUGACCGUGUUAUAUUGACCAUGUGUCAGCAAGAAGGGGCCAAUCAGAACACUUUUCAGAACAUCUCCAAGCUACUUGGCAACAAGACCCCCAAUGAGGUGUCUCACAGGUUUCGAGAUUUAAUGCGAUUGUUUCGGACAGCAGCUCGUCACACCAGCUCAGAGGAUGAAGCUCCGCCCACGGAAUCAAACACAACCAAUGACACUGAAGAUUGAUUCAAAAUUCUUAAGUAGAUGUAAAUUUGAACAGUAUUUAUUAUUUCUAUGUAAAUGUGAGAACUAUUAUUAUUUGUAUAGUUUUUUUUUUUUAAAUAAAUCAGUUUUGCAACA